AUGGCUGAGCCAGCACCCUAUGGGGGCUACAUGACGAGGACUUUGGAUGCUGAAAAGGAGCAGGAGGAGAAACUUAAGCUGCAACAGGUGGAACUUGCCGUGAAUGGUCAGCCAGAGACGCUAAGACCUGAGGCAUUGCAUGUCAAUGGAGUAGACAAUUUAUCAACAGAAGAUCUCCAGUCGUUUGUGGAUUACUACUUGAAUUUUGAUAAGAUUGGAGAAGAUGAAUAUAGAGAGGUGGAGCUGCCUAUUUGGUUUCGUAUCCAGUGGAUUGACGAUUCCAAUGUCAAUGUGGUGUUUAAAACACACGAAGACGCUGCAGAAGGCUUGAGAGCGUUAUCUAUAUCAGGAAGCGCUACCGACGAAGAAAUCCAGGAAUUCAGCCAGGAGUACGUUUCGUCAAUUAUUCAGGAAAGAGAGACAAAGUCGUAUGCGCCUACCAUUGCAUUCCACAAGUACCAGAAGAGACUCAGUGAAGAAAAAGACCUUUUCGAAGAUAAGAAACAACAGGAAGAAGAGGCAAGCACAGGCAUGGACGAAGACGACAGUGCAGUGGUGUUGUACAUCAGGCAGAGUCUUCAGUCAGAUAGAAAAGUCAAGGGCGCUGCUGCUUAUUCUAGAUAUUACUUGCUUCAUGGAGAGCCAGAUAGAGAAGAAAGAAGAAGGACAGCCAGACCAGAGCGUCCUGCUAGAGAGAGAGGUGGUUACUCGAGAGACGAGGAUGAUGAUACCGACUUGUUUGCCAAUAAGCUUCAGCAGAAAGAGACUGUUCAGGAGGAAGAAGACGACUUGUUUGCCUGGAGAUUAAGAGAACGGUCGCCAGAGAGAAACCCUGAGAAGAGAGGCGGCAGAAGAGGCGGCAGAAGAGGUAGAGGUAGAGGAAGAAGGUGA